AUGGGCCGGAACCGGCGAGCGAACGCCCCAGGUCCUGCGCGCGACGCGCCGCCAGAAGCGUCAGAAGCGCCCGCGGCCAAGGGACCGUCCAUGGCACGCUACCUCGAGACGAUAUUCAAGGACUAUCAGGAGAAGCACGACGGAACAUCCACGGCCGGCAAUGACUCGGACCGCGAAUUCGACGUUCAGAAGUACGAGGACACGCUCGACGAGGUCGUGGGCGAGGGCGCGGGCUGCAUGAUCUGCCUCGAGGAUGUCGAGCGCGACGACGCGGUGUGGUCGUGCCGGGAGGGGUGCUACUGCGUAAUGCACCUGCAGUGUGCGCAGGGCUGGGCGCGGCAGCAGAUCGAUCUGGCCGCGAAGCACAUCAGGGAACGGCUGGACGCGUCGCGGUUCCCGACGGCGCAGCGGGCGGCCCACGACGCGGGGUGGGGGUGUCCCAAGUGUCGCACCGUGUACAAGGAAGUCCCCCAGGAGUACUAUUGCUUCUGCGGGGGUGUCAGGGACCCGGAGCCGGACCCGUGGAACCUGCCGCACUCCUGCGGAGAGCGAUGCUCGCGCGUCCUGCCCGGAUGCGGGCACGAGUGUUUGUUGCUGUGCCACCCAGGGCCCUGCCCGCGCUGCCCGCGCACAGUCAAGGCUACGUGCUACUGCGGCCGCGUCGCCACGCAGCGGCGCUGCGGCGCCGCCGCGUUCUCCUGCGGCGACGUGUGCGGGAAAACCCUCCCGUGCGGCCACGCGUGCGCCACGGCGUGCCACGAUGGCCCUUGCCCGCCAUGUCGACGACUCGGGGAGCACACGUGCCGCUGCGGGCGGCAGCGGCGGCGCGUGCCGUGCUGCGAGCUCCCCUGGAGCUGCGAGCGCCCGUGCGGGCGGCCGCUCGGCUGCGGCAAGCACACCUGCGAGCAGGUGUGCCACGAGGGCGCGUGCGAGGGGUGCGCGAUGGAGGGCCCGCGGAAGUGCCAUUGCGGGUCGUCAACGACCGCGGGACUGUCGUGCACGGACCCCACGCCGAGCUGCGGCGGCACGUGCGACAAGGAGCUGCCGUGCGGGCACCGGUGUCAGCAGCGGUGCCAUGCCGGGGGGUGUCAGACCUGCCUGGUGAUGGUGACCAAGGCGUGCGGGUGCGGGUCGACGCGCGCGGAGCUGCCGUGCUACAAGGAGGUGGCGUGCAAGAGCAAGUGCUCGCGCAUGCGGUCCUGCGGACGGCACCAGUGCAAGAAGCGGUGCUGUUCGGGCGACUGUCCGCCCUGCACCCAAGUCUGCGGCCGCAAGCUCCGCUGCGGCAACCACAAGUGCCAGGCCGACUGCCACGACGGCCCCUGCACCCCCUGCACCCUCCGAUCACGCGUCACGUGCGCCUGCGGCAGAUGCACUCGCAGCAUCGCGUGCGGUCGCGAAGCCGCCGCGACGCCCCCGUCCUGCCGGCGCCCGUGCGCGGUACCGCGUCUCUGUCGCCACGCAGCCGCCGCUCCGUCGCACCAGUGCCACUUCGGCCCGUGCCCCUCGUGCGAGGCAACCUGCGGCGAAGCGAUGCCGUGUGGACACACGUGCGGGCACCCUUGCCACGACGCGACGCCGCCGGCCGUCGCGGACUUCCAGCAGCCGUCGCCACCGGCGGCGCCGACCGAGGCCGGCAGCGCGGCGGCGCCGAGCGCGCGGGCGGAGCCGGCAGCGGCGCUGGCCGUGCGUGCUGCGCGCGCCAUGCCGCACACGGCCACCCCGUGCCCGCCGUGCCGCGUUCCAGUGCCGGUGGAGUGCAUGGGGGAGCACGGCACCGAGGAUGUGCCGUGCUGCGACGCCGCGCAGGCUCGUGCGCGCGGCCGCUCGUGUGGGGGGGUGUGUGGCGCAACUUUGGCUUGUACCCGGCACACGUGCGCCAAGCCGUGCCACGUGCGCGAUCCCAGCGCGCCGGGGGGCUCUUGCGAGGAGUGCGCGCGUCCCUGCGGCCGCGCCCUCGCGUGCGGGCACCCCUGCAAGGCCACGUGUCACCCGGGGGGGUGUCCGCUGUGUACGACCGACGUGGCGCUGCCGUGCCACUGCGGGCGCGGCGAGGUCUCGGUGCGGUGCGUGGACGUCCCUGGCGGCGACACCACCGCGCCGUCGCUCGCGCCGCUGCUGCGCUGCAAGCAGACGUGCGGCAGGCGGCUGCCGGGGUGUCCGCACUUCUGCACGCAGCGGUGCCACCCGGGGCUGGUUGACACGUGCUGUGAAUGUUCCCAGGGACACGCUGAGAUCGCCUGCGGCCCGGUUUGUGCCGAGCCUGUGCAUGUCUGUGCCCGUCUUCCGCACAUUGCUUGCUCGUUUCGCGUUCCUGACGUUGGCCGCGCGAAGCUGUCACCGAGUCGGCGCCGCGAACGCUCGGCCAGCGCCAGGAGGCUCCGCCCACGAGAUCAAGGAUGUCGCGAUGGUCCAACACAGUCGGUCACGCCUGUGCGCGCAGCGUGA